AUGACUAUCAACGCUAGUUUAAAUUGUGAUAACACAACGAUAUUAUUAUACAUGUUACCGAACGAAUGGGACGAUGCCACUUGGAUACUGAGCAGCGCAUUCGUUAUAUUUACCAUGCAGUCAGGCUUUGGCUUACUGGAAAGUGGUACUGCAACAUUGAAAAAUGAAGUCAAUAUUAUGGUGAAAAAUGCAGUGGAUGUAAUUUAUGGAGGUAUUACAUACUGGAUGUUUGGUUAUGCCUUUAGUUUUGGAGACUCUCCAGGAGCGAAUGCGUUUAGUGGUUUUGGAGAUUUCUUCUAUCAAGCGAAUGACACAGAGAUGGGAACACGUUACUCCCAGUUUGUUUUUCACGCGUCAUUCGCAACCACGGCAACAACGAUCGUAUCAGGAGCAAUGGUGGAACGCACGCGUCUCGAAGCAUACAUCGUCUUCUCAUUUGUCAAUACCCUUGUGUUUAGUUUCCCGUCACAUUGGGUGUGGGCCGAGAGAGGAUUUCUCUACCAGCUCGGUGUAUUGGAUAUAGCAGGUGCGGGACCAGUGCACAUUGCAGGAGGGAUAACAGGAUUGGUUGCUACUAUAUUCUUGAAACCGCGGCAUCGGAGAUACUCAUCUAAAUCACCGCCACCUAUGGGAUCUCCUACCAACGCCAUACUAGGAAUGUUUAUGUUAUGGUGGGGUUGGCUUGGAUUUAAUUGUGGAAGCACAAAUGGAAUAACGGCAGAAAAAUGGAAAUUAGCGGCAAGGUCGGCUGUAUCGACGAUUUGCUCUUCGAUGGCUGGAGGAAUUGUGGCAAUUACCCUCAGUUACGUGACAAAAAGAAGAAAAUUUGACGUUGGAUACAUUAUCAACGGUGUUCUCGGAGCGUUAGUAUCUAUAACAAGUUCGUGUGCAGCCUCCCACCCCUGGGAAAGUUUUUUAAUCGGAGCAAUAGGUGGAAUUAUUGCCUGCUCCGGCAUUGAGCUAAUGAACAAAUUGAAAAUUGACGACCCUGUCGGUGUGGUGCCAGUUCAUGCCAUGUGCGGUGCUUGGAGUCUCCUGGCAGGCGGAAUAUUAGGUCGGCAGAUAAAGGCGGGCAAGGGACCAGAUGGGUUGACAACGACUGGGAAAUUUGAUCUUCUAGGAAUUCAACUCUUAGCUAUACUUACAAUAUCUGCCUGGUGCAUACUCGUCUCCUCAUUGCUACUAACAGUAAUCAACCUCACUAUCGGUCUCCGACUCAGUCUCGACCAGGAGAUACUCGGCGCCGACUUAGUUGAGCACUCUAUUGGAUGCAUAGAAUACGACAAAAUAAAAAAGUGUAUUGUAGAGGAGAAAGAUGAAAUCCCUGAUGUGACAGUCGGCUUGGAUAAUGACACUACGCAACGCGCGCGUCGCGCUUGGAAUAACGCGUUCCAAAAGGUAACCGCCGUUCAACGUUACGCUAAAACCCGGGAAAAGAAAUCCGACAGGCCAGAGCAAAUACUUGUGAAUUUCUUACAAAGACGACGCACCGCUGUAAAAGAGGAUAGACAAAUAAGAAAUAAGAAGAAUUCCAAUCGAAACCUGUCUGUUCAUGUGAACGGAAGUACAUCGCUUACUGUUAGCCAUGAUGUGAAUUCUACCACAGAAAAUUUACGAUUCAGAAAAAACAAUGGAUAUUUGAACAACGUAGGGAUAGAUAAUCUUUGCUUUGAGUCCAAUGAAAUAAGAAAGGAAUUGAUUGAAGAUGCUGGGCAGUGCAUUUGUGAAUGUCAUCGAUGUGAUACUGCUAGCGCUGCUACCAAGGGGUCAUACAAAACGAAUAAUGUUAAUACUACAACGAUGACGUCAGUGAGCACACAAACUAACGAGUGCGAUCAAAUUUCAGUUGACAUCUACUCGGAAUCAGAGAUGCCUGGUGCUGCCACCGUCAAUUCUGGAACUGAAACAACAUGCCUAUGA